AUGUGUUUCACUGCCUCCAUUAUAAUCUUAUCAACCUUCACAAUCUUGGUCAAGACAGUAUUUCCAAUGGUUUCAGCUAUGUCUACUGGAACAAUUUCAACAGCUGAUGACCGCUUAUGGCGCCCCUUGGAUAUACCCACUUGCCCCAACCCAGGAGAACAGCCAUGGCACACAGGGAACUGUAGAUCCCAUCAAGUGGUGUGGCAUGUUGAGCGUGGGCCUUGUGAAGAUGGCUGUAGGAAUAUGAUUAGGGACAAAAUAGGCGCCUUGGCUUGUAAGAAUUGCUACAAAAUAAAACCUGGAUCAACAAGGCAGAUCAACAUCUGCAUGGAACACUGUUACCUGAAGCUACCAAUCCCAAAUAUGAGCUCAGAAAUCAUAGCUAAGCAUGCUCCAGGCUGUGUUCCACAAUUAAUAUCUAAAGACGGGAAGGGGAACUGUGAAAAUUGUUACCAAGAAAUGGGUACAAAGUUCUCCUAUUGGGGCUGCAAAACAGAAGGUUGCUCAUACUAUGUGCCAGAAUCAUGUGAGAAACUCAAAUACUGUGGGAGCUGUCAUGAGAAUUAGAGAAACUUGAAAAGAACAUCACAAGUGAAAGAAGUAAAGUAGUCA